AACUCGCUACUCUGACUCGUCCCUCCAGAGGCUUUGCGGAAAAUUGAGUCCUCCAGCACUUUCGCCUCGCGAUUCCGAAGGAACGGCGGAACUACUCGUCCCGGCAGCCCUUGCGCGUGCGACACCCCUCCCCCCCAUUCUUUCGCCUUGCUUCUCUUCCGAACUUGGCGUGCUGGAGGCCCGGGCGAGCCAUGCCGAAGGUGAAGACGAAGCCGCGCUCUCGACAGCAGCGUGGAGAAGGGAAAGGGAAAGGCCCUGGCAUUAGAUUCAACACUGGACUUGGUCAGCAUAUUUUGAAAAAUCCCCUGAUUGUUAACAGCAUUAUAGAAAAGGUGUGCAGUACUCAUGUUUCAAAGAGAAUUUGCUCUUCGCCUAGUUGCAAAACCAGGCUCUCACCUGUAUUGUAGGCUGUCUGUUAAUACUCAGCUGUUAGCUCGUGUUGAUCAUCUAAUGAAAGUAGGAAAAAAUAAUUUUAAACCACCACCCAAAGUUGAAUCCAGUGUUGUAAGGAUAGAACCAAAGAACCCUCCACCUCCAAUUAACUUUCAGGAGUGGGAUGGUCUACUGAGGAUAGUGUUUGUCAGGAAAAACAAGACACUUGCUGCCAUUUUCAAUUCAAAUGCUGUGAAACAGCUGCUGGAACAGAAUUACAGAAUUCACUGUUCACAAAAUAAUUUGCACAUUCCUGAAAAUUUCAAUAUUGCUGAACUUAUACAUGAAAUCCUAAAAGAUACCGGCUAUUCAGAAAAACGUGCCCGAGUAAUGGAUAUUGAUGAUUUUAUAAGUGUUCUUCAUGGCUUCAACACAAAAGGGAUUCACUUUUCCUGAAGGGAUUACAGGAAAACUGCUGCGAAGAUUGAACUAAUUUAUAUAAAUAAAUGUUAUAGUAGAAUAUAUUCACAGUGAAUGUAAACCAACCAUCAACUGGCUCUUACCAGUUUUUAAGUCUUUUGAUUUUAUUUAGUGAAGAAUGUAUCCAUUUAUAAAUAUUAUUAAAAGCAUCUGGAAAUGCAUCCCAUAGCAUCUAGUAUAAGCAGUAAGUGCUUAUAUUCCAAGCUAAGUAUUGAUAUUGUUACUCAUUAAAAAAAAUUGUGUAACUGAUAUGGAAGUUAGCAAUUUCUCUAAUGCCAAACUUGACAUUCUGUCUUUUUUAAUGCCCAAAUGUUCUUUAUAUUGUGCAUUGCAAUAAUUUUCUAUUAAAGCGAUCCCUUCUGUA